AUGGGGUCGAUAAUUAGAACUGCAUACACCGAGUGCUACAUUCUUGAGGUUGAAGGGCAACAACAACAAGCGGGCGGCGGGAAGCCACAACAACAAGCGGGCGGCGGGAAGCCACAACAACAAGCGGGCGGCGGGAAGCCACAACAACAAGAGGAUGGCGGGAAGCCACAACAACAAGAGGGUGGCGGGAAGCCACAACAACAAGCGGGUGGCGGGAAGCCACAACAACAAGCGGGUGGCGGGAAGCCACAACAACAAGCGGGUGGCGGGAAGCCACAACAAGAGGGUGGCGGGAAGCCACAACAACAACAAGCGGGUGGCGGGAAGCCACAACAACAAGAGGAUGGCGGGAAGCCACAACAAGCGGGUGGCGGGAAGCCACAACAACAAGCGGGUGGCGGGAAGCCACAACAACAAGCGGGCGGCGGGAAGCCACAACAACAAGAGGACAGCGGGAAGCCACAACAACAAGCGGGCGGCGGGAAGCCACAACAACAAGAUGACAGCGGGAAGCCACAACAACAAGCGGGCGGCGGGAAGCCACAACAACAACAAGAGGAUGGCGGGAAGCCCCAACAACAAGCGGGUGGCGGGAAGCCACAACAACAACAAGAGGGUGGUGGGAAGCCACAACAACAAGCGGGUGGCGGGAAGCCACAACAACAACAAGAGGGUGGCGGGAAGCCACAACAACAAGCGGGUGGCGGGAAGCCACAACAACAAGCGGGUGGCGGGAAGCCACAACAACAACAAGAGGGCGGCGGGAAGCCCCAACAACAACAAGAGGGCGGCGGGAAGCCACAACAACAAGCGGGUGGCGGGAAGCCCCAACAACAACAAGAGGGUGGCGGGAAGCCACAACAACAAGCGGGUGGCGGGAAGCCACAACAACAACAAGAGGACAGCGGGAAGCCACAACAACAAGCGGGCGGCGGGAAGCCACAACAACAAGAGGAUGGCGGGAAGCCACAACAACAAGCGGGUGGCGGGAAGCCACAACAACAAUCUCGGGGCGACCGCCGGCGGGGCCACACUAUGCACUAG